UAUAAGUCAUAUGAAGUGAUAACAUCAAGAGAAGAACGAAUAGUGGAUACUAUAUUUAAUGUGGUAGUGAUAUUAUUAGUAGUAAUUGCUAAUGUUGCUAUGGGUUGUAAAGUAGAAUUGCAUGUUGUGAAAGAGACUUUAAGAAGACCUUUGGCACCAGCUAUUGGAAUGUUUUCACAAUUUUUGGUGAUGCCUGCGAUAUCCUUUCUGAUAGUAUAUCUAAUAGAUAUGGAGCCUGGCAUAGCUUUGGGAUAUUUUGCUCUAGGAUGUUCACCAGGAGGUUCAGCUAGUAAUGUUUAUACCUAUUUAUUUGGUGGAGAGGUAUCUCUAAGUGUCACUAUGACCUUGGUCAGUACAUUGGCAUCUUUAGGUUUGAUACCUCUAUGGCUAUUUACUGUAGGACAGAAGGUAAUUUAUAAAGGAACAACGAUGAAUAUACCUUUUUCUAAUAUUUUUAUAUCUUUAACUGGACUCUUAGUUCCUGUUGUUAUUGGUAUUAUUAUACAGAAGAAAAAACCUUCUUGGGCCAAAAAGCUUGUAAAGUUAGUAAAACCAAUUAUUGUUAUAUUUCUGUUGUUUGUUUUUACUGUUGGUGUUUAUGCCAAUUUAUAUAUUUUUGAUUUAUUAGAUCCUAUGAUUUUGUUAGCAGGAGCUCUUAUUCCAUACGGUGGUUUCUUUUUAGGAUUUCUUAUAGCGUUUGUUGCUAGGCAACCUAAGAAAAAUAUAAUUACUAUUGCCAUUGAGACUGGUAUUCAAAAUACUGGAAUUCCCAUUGUGUUAUUAAAGAAUUCACUAGGUCCGCCAGAAUCAGAUAUGAGUAUUGUAGGUCCAGUAGCAUCAGCCAUUUUCACGCCAUUACCAUUAGUGUUUGUAUUGAUUGCUUUGGAAAUAAGAAAACGG